CAGUGCGGCCGCGGGGGAGGUCGUUGUCCCGGCGCCGUCGUCCCGGCCGCGAGCGCCAUGGCGGAGGAGGUGAGCACCCUGAUGAAGGCCACAGUCCUGAUGCGGCAGCCCGGGCGGGUGCAGGAGAUCGUGGGCGCCCUCCGCAGGGGCGGGGGAGACCGCUUGCAGAUCAUUUCUGAUUUUGACAUGACCUUGAGCAGGUUUGCAUAUAAUGGAAAACGAUGCCCUUCUUCUUACAACAUUCUGGAUAACAGCAAGAUCAUCAGUGAGGAGUGCCGGAAUGAGCUCAAAGCUCUCCUUCACCACUAUUACCCAAUUGAGAUUGACCCACACCGGACCAUCAAAGAGAAGUUACCUCAUAUGGUGGAGUGGUGGACCAAAGCACACGAUCUCCUGUGCCAGCAGAAGAUUCAGAAGUUUCAGAUUGCCCAGGUGGUUAAAGAGUCCAAUGCAAUGCUUAGGGAGGGAUACAAGACGUUCUUCAACACCCUCUACCAGAACAACAUUCCCCUUUUCAUCUUUUCCGCGGGCAUUGGUGACAUCCUGGAGGAGAUUAUCCGACAGAUGAAAGUGUUCCACCCUAACAUCCACAUCGUGUCUAACUACAUGGACUUUGAUGAGGACGGUUUCCUCCGGGGAUUCAAGGGCCAGCUCAUACACACAUACAAUAAGAACAGCUCCGUUUGUGAGAAUUCUGGGUACUUCCAGCAGCUUCAGGGGAAAACCAACAUCCUCCUGCUGGGAGACUCCAUGGGGGACCUCACUAUGGCUGAUGGGGUGCUUGGUGUGGAGAACAUUCUCAAGAUUGGCUUCUUAAAUGACAAGGUGGAAGAGCGGCGGGAGCGCUACAUGGACUCCUAUGACAUUGUGCUGGAGAAGGACGAGACACUGGACGUGGUCAACGGGCUGCUGCAGCACAUCCUCCAUCAGGGGGACUGGAUAGAGAUGCAGGGCUCCUGAGGGCAGGCGUGGGGCUGAAGCUGCAGGCUGCGGAGAGGAGGGAGCCUCACCCGGAGGCCGCCCUGUGGGGAGCGCUGCUUCUCCCUGUGUGUGCAGAGUCCAGGAGGGUCCAGCUGCUGAGCCCAGGCCUCUCCCUCCUCCUUUCCCAGCAUCUUCUGUUGUGUUCUCCAGAGUUUUGCGGGAAGCCCACCAGAUGGGAGGGCCAGCCAGGUGAACACAGGACCUAUAGAGUGUUAGCACUCUAGGGACCAUCUAGUCCAGGGGUUCUUUUUUCCCCCAAUUUUUAAAAAUAGGAAGCUAUUCUUCAAACAUCUAAUGUGUGAAACAGAUCAAAAUAAAAAAAGGAAAAAACA